GGCACCUGGAGGUGAGUGGUUGUACGUAGUUCGCGCACCGGUCGACUUUAUCCGACGAAUCUCAGCCGAGGAUACCGCAUCGGACGACAGAUUACUAGAAGAACUCGCCUAAAACUACAAAAAUGGGCAAGGAGAAGAUUCACAUUAAUAUCGUCGUUAUCGGACACGUCGAUUCCGGCAAGUCGACCACCACCGGUCAUUUGAUCUACAAAUGCGGCGGUAUCGACAAGCGUACCAUUGAGAAGUUCGAGAAAGAAGCCCAGGAGAUGGGCAAAGGUUCCUUCAAAUACGCCUGGGUACUCGACAAACUCAAAGCCGAACGUGAGCGUGGUAUCACCAUUGAUAUCGCCCUGUGGAAGUUCGAGACCGCCAAAUACUACGUGACGAUCAUCGAUGCUCCCGGACACAGAGAUUUUAUCAAAAACAUGAUCACCGGUACCUCGCAGGCCGAUUGCGCGGUGCUGAUCGUUGCCGCUGGUACUGGUGAAUUCGAGGCUGGAAUUUCGAAGAACGGACAGACCCGCGAGCACGCUCUUCUCGCGUUCACCCUCGGCGUCAAACAGUUGAUUGUCGGAGUUAACAAAAUGGAUUCCACCGAGCCCCCGUACUCCGAGACCCGAUUCGAGGAAAUUAAGAAGGAAGUGUCGUCCUACAUCAAGAAGAUUGGUUAUAACCCGGCCGCUGUUGCGUUUGUGCCGAUCUCCGGCUGGCACGGGGACAACAUGCUUGAGCAAUCUUCCAAGAUGCCCUGGUUCAAGGGAUGGGCGGUGGAGCGUAAGGAAGGCAAGGCCGAAGGUAAAUGCCUUAUCGAAGCUCUGGACGCCAUCCUGCCACCCAGCAGGCCGACUGACAAGGCUCUCCGUCUUCCCCUUCAGGACGUGUACAAGAUCGGCGGUAUUGGAACGGUACCCGUCGGCCGUGUUGAGACCGGUGUAUUGAAACCUGGUAUGGUUGUUACCUUUGCGCCCGCUGGAUUGACCACUGAAGUUAAGUCCGUCGAGAUGCACCACGAAGCCCUUCAGGAGGCCGUGCCCGGCGACAACGUUGGUUUCAACGUCAAGAACGUGUCCGUUAAGGAACUGCGUCGUGGAUACGUCGCUGGAGAUUCCAAGAACAAUCCGCCCAAGGGUGCCGCCGACUUUACCGCACAGGUCAUCGUGCUCAAUCACCCUGGUCAAAUCAGCAACGGAUACACGCCCGUAUUGGAUUGCCAUACUGCCCACAUCGCCUGCAAAUUCGCAGAGAUCAAGGAGAAGUGCGACCGCCGUACCGGCAAGACCACCGAAGAGAACCCGAAGGCCAUCAAGUCCGGUGACGCCGCCAUCGUCACCCUGGUACCCAGCAAGCCUAUGUGCGUUGAGUCGUUCCAGGAGUUCCCGCCCUUGGGACGUUUCGCUGUCCGUGACAUGCGUCAGACAGUAGCUGUCGGUGUCAUCAAGGCCGUCACCUUUAAGGAUCAAACGGGCAAAGUCACCAAGGCCGCUGAGAAAGCCCAGAAGAAGAAAUAACUAUUGUAAUAGUUUCCGUGCAUACACCGAUAGUUUCCGUGCGAAUAUGCCGCCGGGCGAACAACGGCGUACACCAGCCGACGUUACUCACCCUCCUUUGCACGACUCGCAGGAGACGAAUUCGACAGCAUUGUCUACAGCGGAGUACCUCGUGAGGACUUUAACGCGAGCUACGAUCGGGAAUGAGAAAGCAACGAUCCAAUCGCGAAGAUUGGCGCUUCGUGCACGCGAGAUCGCGCGUCUACCGCGCUUUCUCGACACGCGGACAUUUCGCUUGUCGAAAUGGCUCCGUCAUUUUUUUCACCGCAAGGAGUUUCGCAGGAAAGAACACGGGAGACAUUUUGCCGCUGGCACGAUAUGUAUUUUUCGUCUCGUGGGAGUCGCUAGGAGGAAGAGCGAACUUCGCGCGAGCUAUCGUAAACAACGUACACCUACCAACUACUUCAUAACGAACAUCAACAUAAUUUAGCGCGGCUUAAUUAUAUUUUCUAAUUACUAUACGGAAAUAAAUUCUGUAUAUAUCCGAUACUCGAGAAGAAACAUGUCAUUAUUACUCUACGUCGACAUAGUUACUCGAUUGGUGACUUUGUCAAGUUAAUCAUCAUCCUUUUAAAGAAACGUUUCAUUUAUCGCUCUCACAUCUACGGUAGCUAUACGGUCUGAUCAGAAGAAAAAUAAUAUAUAUAUUGCGGCGAUGUCCGCGUAUAUCAUUUUGUCUUGGUAGCUUUUUUAUAUUAAUCGUUCAGACUAUUAAUUCAGGAAAUUUAGACUAGAGAAGGCAACGGUAGUAGGUCUUGACAAAGAUAGAUUUCGUUGGGAUAUGGGACCUGUAAUUUCCUCUAAUUAUCUUUCCAUUCAAUUGUAGGUAAGACAAGUUGUAUCCUGAUGGGAAAAAGAAACUUUUUCUACGAAAUAUUCCUUUUAUCAACUAACGUCAGACGAGAAGUGCAUGCGCAGGAAAAAAAAACUGCUUUUACAAUGACUCGGUAUUCUUUACCUUCCCGCGAUUCUUCUACAAACGACGCGAAUUGGUUAACGGUUUUCUGUACAUACAUAUAAAUACCAGCGAUGACGAGUAAGAGCGAAAAUAAAGAAGCUGCGCGGAAA